CGUGAGCAGGCGCUGCAAGAUGGCGGCGGCGUUGGCGAAGGUGGGAGCGUUGAAGAAGAGCCCGCGGUUGUCUUUCUGAAGCGGGUCUGGCUGUUAUCCGGGCCGGCUCCUCCAGUUGUUAACCUAAAUUUAAAAGCUGUGAGCAAGUCCAGGAACUGCCGAAAGACUGACUUUCACCUAUUUCCCUGUCUGUCUCUAGUGGCCCUAUCCUGCGCUGCCGUUCUGCCAACAAGUUGUAGGGGCAAAACGCGGUGAGCUAAGAAACCAAUAUCAGCGACACUGAAGGCCUGUCCUAAGAAAGAAAUGUCCAGGAAAGAUUGAGUAAUUGAGUAUCAUUUGGUAGAUAGAUGCAGCCAGACCUGAUGAUUUCAGUAAUUUCUGUUUUUGUUUCACCUUACUUUCAGUCUGACCUAAUCCAGAAGGUUUCUCGUGUAGCCUGAAUCAUGGCUGCAAAUGGCACAAAUUCUGGCUCAGCAAGCAGCCAUACAACAAAAUCCCAACUUGGAAUAAAAGUCAUUUGUGCAAAGCUGAAGGAAAAUAAGAAGAACUGGUUUGGACCCAGUCCCUAUGUGGAAGUGGCAGUUGAUGGCCAGUCAAAGAAAACUGAGAAGCUUACCAAUACACACAACCCCAAAUGGAAGCAGCAUGUCACAGUGAUUGUAACACCAUUCAGUAUGAUCACGUUCAAAGUUUGGAGCCAUCAAACACUAAAAUCGGAUGUUCUCCUUGGUUGUGCCACUCUGGAUGUCUGUGAGACCUUAAAGUCGAAUAACAUGAAAUUUGAUGAUGUGGUUAUAAAGUUGCCACUCACAAAUGAACGAGACAUUGUGGAUGGGGCAAGUGAACUUAUUGUGUCCUUGGAUGGGUUAACUGUAGAUCCGGAAGUCUUAAUUAAUGGUGACCCUGCAGCUGCAAGAAGUAACACCCCAAAUAAGAGUUCCAGGUGUGGCACUGAGGCGUACAUACUAAACCCAUCAAGUGCAAACGGGGAUGCUGUUUCUCAAGAAGGUUCAUCAGAAAUGAGGUCUGCUGAUGAGUGCAGCAUGAAUGGCAAAAGUACGCCGUCACCAUCUCCAAAACCAUCAAAGCCAGUGAGACCUCCAAGACCAUCACGACCUCCACCCGCCAUUCCAUCCAGACCUGUCAACACAGCCUGUGAAAAUGGAUAUCCAGCUCCCUUAGAGAAUGGCCCUUCGUCUACAGUUCCACCUACGAUGAACACUGUUCCUGCAGCUGUAGCAACGAGUGAACCGGAUGCAUCACCCAGUAAUGGUGCAGUACCACUAAAUGCAUCCAUUUCUCCUGGUGACAGAACGUUAAAUACUGUGAACAAGGGUCCACUUCCACCUGGCUGGGAGCAGAGGGUUGAUCAGCAUGGCAGAUUGUAUUUUGUAGAUCACAUUGAAAAACGAACAACGUGGGAAAGACCACAGCCAUUGCCUCCAGGCUGGGAGCGGAGGGUUGAUGAGAGGCACAGGAUUUAUUAUGUUGACCACAUUACCAGGACAACCACAUGGCAGCGGCCCACAGUGGAGUCAGUCAGGAACUUUGAGCAGUGGCAGUCACAGCGAAAUCAGCUUCAGGGAGCCAUGCAGCAGUUCAACCAGAGGUUUAUUUAUUCGUAUCCUGAACAGGUGGUGCCAACUGAAUUUGACCCACUUGGCCCCUUGCCAACUGGAUGGGAAAAAAGAACAGACAGUAAUGGUCGAAUGUACUUUGUAAACCACUUGACACGUACCACUCAGUGGGAAGAUCCUCGGACAGAAGGCACUCUCAAUGAGAAACCCUUACCAGAUGGAUGGGAAAUGCGCUUUACAGUUGAUGGUGUUCCAUACUUCGUAGAUCAUAACAGACGAACAACAACUUACAUUGACCCACGCACUGGAAAGUCAGCACUGUCAAAUGGUCCAAACAUAGCAUAUGUGCGUGAUUUCAGAUCCAAAGUUUCUUAUUUCAGGUUCUGGUGUCAGCAACUGGCUGCACCUCAGCACAUCAAAAUAACUGUGACAAGGAAAACCUUGUUUGAGGACUCAUUUCAGCAGAUUAUGAGCUUCAACCCUCAAGAUUUACGCAGACGUUUAUGGAUCAUUUUUCCAGGAGAAGAAGGCUUAGAUUAUGGAGGUGUAGCGAGAGAAUGGUUCUUUCUACUUUCCCAUGAAGUUUUGAACCCCAUGUAUUGCCUCUUUGAGUAUGCUGGGAAGGAAAAUUAUUGCUUGCAAAUAAACCCAGCAUCUUACAUCAACCCAGACCAUCUGAAGUAUUUCCGGUUCAUAGGUCGGUUCAUAGCCAUGGCUCUGUUUCAUGGAAAAUUUAUUGACACUGGAUUUUCUCUCCCAUUUUACAAACGUAUGCUGAACAAACCCAUUGUAACCAAAGACUUGGAAUCUAUUGAUCCAGAAUUUUAUAACUCCCUCAUUUGGAUCAGAGAAAACAACCUAGAAGAGUGUGGUCUCGAAAUGUAUUUCUCAGUAGACAAGGAAAUAUUGGGUGAAAUACAAACCCAUGAACUGAAACCUGAUGGCAACAAUAUAUUGGUGACUGAAGAAAACAAAGAAGAAUAUAUUGGGCUUGUAGCUGAUUGGAGACUAUCACGAGGAGUUGAAGAACAGACACAGGCAUUCUUGGAGGGAUUUAAUGAAGUGCUACCUCUACACUAUCUUCAGUCAUUUGAUGCCAAAGAAUUGGAGGUACUUCUUUGUGGAAUGCAAGAGAUAGACUUGAAUGAUUGGCAGAGAAAUGCAAUCUAUCGCAACUAUACUCGAAACAGCAAACAGGUGGUCUGGUUUUGGCAGGUUGUGAAAGAAAUGGACAAUGAGAAGCGAAUGCGUCUGUUGCAGUUUGUCACAGGAACAUGCCGCUUACCAGUUGGUGGAUUUGCUGACCUCAUGGGGAGCAAUGGUCCUCAGAAGUUCUGUAUUGAGAAAGUUGGGAAGGAAAACUGGUUGCCAAGAAGCCAUACCUGUUUUAAUCGUCUGGAUUUGCCACCGUACAAGAGCUUUGAGCAACUGAAGGAAAAGCUGUUAUUUGCAAUUGAAGAAACUGAAGGUUUUGGACAAGAGUAACUACUGUAUAAUAAUGUCAGGAGAGAGUAUUGUGCUGUCAUUUGAGAGAGAUUCUAUAAAGGAGGAAUGGAUUACACUACUUGGGCUUUACUUUCCAGUAGACAUCUGUUUAUCCAGACACGUCAUGGCUGUCUAUUUGUUUUGGAAAUCCUGUAAGAAAUGGCUGAAAAGCAUUUGUCUUGCCUUUUGAAACUCUGUCUUUACAAGCUGAAGAACUUAAUAUAAUGAGGAAAUUGUACAUGCUUAAAUAGAAUUAUUCUGCUGUAAUGAACAGUUUAAAACUAGAACGUUCAUUUCUGUUGUACAUGUAGGAGCAACCAGGCUGAUAUUCCACUUUAGACAUAAGAAUACAGUUAGCUGCUGUUGAUGUAGAGAUUGUUGGGAAUGGGCUUCCUGAAAUUUAAUAGCAACUUACAAUUGGUGAGGCAGAGCUGGAAUUACAGUGCUGCUAACCAUACAUUGAUUCCAUUGCUGAGCUAAGAAACAAACCUAGAUUGUGUAUAUCCCUCCAAUACUUUUAUUUCCCCAUUUUUGUUUUCACCAUGUUAAUUGUGUCCUCAUGGCCCCCUGCAGCAGUGUCUUCUCCCCACCUGCCCCCCCAAUUCAGUCCUUGUCUUUACUAAAAGAUGUAUUCGUAUUUCAUUUUAAAGAUUAAUUUAAAUGCAUCUCAAUGUAUUAAUUUAAUGUAAUGUUUUAAUUUAAGCAAGUGCAGUGAACUUCAGUGAGUCCUUACCUUGUGACAAAGUUUUUAUUAAAAUUUUUUCCAGCAUUGUUGAUACUUGAAAGAUAGGUGCAGACUACUGUUUGGUGAACAGAUGUCUACUCCACCGUUGCACCUUGCAUUAAUUAUCUUUUAAGCAGUCUGUUAGCAAACCUUGUAUCAGUAGUGCUCAUUAUCUCAGAUAUACUCUUCCUCCUCUGUACACAGGGUAGCUAAAAAACAGAGGCUUUUGCCCUAUAUUUUUAAAGGACUGAGAUAUGUAGAUCAAUCAUAGCUCUAGUUUUAUAGAGCUUGAUUGGAAAAUAUUUUUGUGGUAUCUGUGCUGACACCUCUGAUUCAGGAAGAACUACUGUAUAAUAUGCUUUCUUUUUGGUUGGAGGUUGAACUAUUCCCAUGUGCAAACACCACCCACCCCCACCCACCUCCCCAGUACAGCUUUGCAAUCAACUUCUGAGGAUGUUUAAGUGCCCCCACCCCAUCCUAUCCCCGUAUUCAGUUUGAACGUGUAGCACUCCAGGCUACCUUGAUCUAUCUACUUCUUACCUUGUUUGUUUCUGGGUUUUAAAUUUAUCAGCAGUGUGGACACUUUGUAAAUAAAUCAGUGUAAGUUUCGAAAAUAGGUGAGGGACACAAAACAAAACGAAAAAAGAAUAGUGGAAUAGAAUGGUAGUUUAAAAGGAUAGUAACAUGCAAAAGAACAUUUUUAGUGAAUAGUACCCUGUUAUGAUCAGAACCAGCUGUAUAGAAUUUUUUUAUAAAUCCUCUUUUGACCACUAGUGUUUACUUCGUAUAUCCAUUUGUGAAAGGGUUUUACUUUGUAAAAACCUUCCCGUAGCGGUCCUUGGAUAGGAGUUCUCAGAUACCCAUAUGAUUUGGGAGACUCACUUUAAUAAUCCUACCAGUUCCCUGUUACUACUUAGUCACCCAUUCUUAUUCGCAAUUUAGAAAAUAGUGUUCAUCCCUUCAUGACCAAACAAAAUGUAAGUGAAUUUUGCUCAGGCUUUCUUUCUGUAUAAGAAAACAAAUUUAUAACUUAACUGAGAAACCAUCUCCAAAAUCACCUCCAGCUGUUUGGGCUACAGAUUAUGUUUCUAUUACAAGUUUGUUUUGUUUAUAAUCUAACUUGUUAUAGAUAAUUUAUGCUGGUACCAACAAGGGUACAGUAAAGACCUCAGCCAAGAGGCUUGUCUUUGGUCACCAUCUAAUGUGACCUUGUUGGAAUUGUUGGGAUGUGCAUUUGGGUGAGGACAACACUGAGCUUGGCAAAAUUUAUGCAAAUACACAUUCUCUAAGCCAACGCAUGCAUUGCAGUUUGGGAAGGAUGAUGCCUGUGGUUCUCUACCCCAGAAUAAGUUGAUGGUUUGAGGAAAGGACGAGGAAGAAAACAAUCUUAUAUUUCAGCAGUAUCCACUGUUAACUAAAUAGACAUCCCAAAUUAUUCAAGAGACUUUGGUACAGAUAAGUUUGGAAAUUUGAUUGCAACUUCCAAAGACUCACUAAGUCUGCUCUGGGUCAGACUUAGCCUUUUGCAGUAUAAAGCAAAAAUAAGAAAGGUCUAUGUUGUUUACUUCCAGCUAUUUCCUGUGGACUGAAAUUCAUAAUUGAAGUCACUCCAUCAGUAUCGAAUAUAUAAAGUAGUAUAUACUCUCUAGAUGACUCAGACUCAAACCUUUCUUCCCUGGUUGAAUCAUGUCAACCAGAAGUUUCUGCUGCAAUAAUCGGUUUAUGCUAACUUUACUAAUCUGUGAAGAGUAACAAAUUUGUUUAGCAAUGAACAAAACAUUCUGGGAUAGCAAGAGGCAAUUCACCUGGAAUCCUGCUGUCAAUUCGUAUUCUGUGAAUCAUGCUAGAAAGUGUUUGUUGAGAUCUUUUGACAGUUGGACUGAAUCUGGUUUUGACGUACUCCAUACUUGAAUCGGCCCUGAAUGCCUGCUGUCUAAACUCGGGUGAGGUCCACCUGUUUGGGUCAAAACUGGAGCUAGUGCAACUACUCCAGCAGGAGUCAGUACUUUCAGGAUAGGGUGAGAAGGCAAUGAGGUGAGGGCACUUGGCAACCUGACUUAUUUUUAACACAGCCUAUUCUUAAGCUUAAAUGUAUUUGUAUUAUAUUUUCAGGAUUUAUCAAUAGAUAUUAAUUAUGUAUAUAGAGUAUCAGAAUUUGGUAGUGUUUUGUUUUUUGCUGAAACCUGCCUAUUUUAGAAAGUUUGGACUUUGGUUUGUAUUUGUAAGUAAUCAGAGUUUCCGGUUUUAAGCUUGGUGUUGGAGCAUCCCAGUUGCCAUGUUAAUAGAUGCACGUUCCUGUUUAAACUAUGGGAAUUGGUAAGUCUCAAGUUUGUUAAUCCAUGUUGGAGUUGAGUACUUGGUCUUUGACCUACUGCUAAGAGAGAAAAUUCAGUACAGUUCCUGAUUGUUAAUCCAUUAAAAUCCCAUACUUGACAGUGUACACAUGGCCUUUGGCUGGGAGUAAGACCUGUACAUCCUCCACAGUUUGCAGUUUCCACACAUACACAGCACCUGUGGAACUAUGUGGAGGUGCUUAAACAAACUUAGGAAAGCAUGGACUUAUUACUGUACUACAGUUGGCCAGAAUAGAUCAACAGGCUUGCAGUGAGAAAUCCCUCAUCGUCAUCUAGGUAAACUGCAUGUCAUCUUGGUUUGAGCGUUCUUUGCUCUGAUCUUGUAUCGAGCAAAGCAGGUCUCCUCUCAUUGAUUUGUAACAUUCUGUUAGAUGGAUGUUGGGAAUGGAUUUCAGUGCAUAAUUGCCACCUGAAUGACCAGAAAGAAUUUCAUUUCAAGAGGUAUUGUCUUUGGUGAAUCCGUUUUUAUGAGAUGCGUGUCAGCUUGAAUCCUUUUGUGAGCCUGUUAGCAGAAUGUAUAUUUUUCAGGUAGGAGAGGGAAUCUUUGACCUAGGCAAAAUGUUACAGCCCUUGUAAAAGCAGUUUUUGUUACUGUUUAACAUAAUCUCGGUAAUCCUGUGUGAUUAUGCAUCACCAUGGCUUGAAUAUUGAUAAUUGAACAACUGUAGUUUAUUGCAACACAAAUAAAUAUAUUUAGCUCCCAGUAAAUGUGAAUAAACAAUUGCAGGAAGAUUUUGGGUUGCAAGGACUGUGCUGCACAACACUCCUGCUCUAUUUUUGCUGUGUUCCUUGCCACUAACUUGCUACAAGUACAGUUUCCUCUAAAUAGAUGAAUGGCAGUCUUGCGUUGUGCAUUUCCCUGGAGCUCUGCUGACCAACAAGUGGAAGCAAGAUGGUAAAGAACUUUGUUCCAGUCCUGUUUGCUAACUUUCCUUCUCAACAUCCCUCGUUGUUUCCUUCGAAAAGCAGUGUACUGUCCAUGCUCUUCCCUGAUGCAUUCUUUUUGUUGUGCAGCCUCUAACUGAGUCUUAACUUCUAACAAAUAAGCGUACAGAUCCAUUCAAAUGGCACCUCCCCCUAACCUUUCUUUCAGAAGUAAGAAAUUUGACUGUUGUGUUAACAACAGCUUCCCUUGGUGUUUCUCCUUUUUAGCCUAACCAGAAAACUGCAACCAAAAAAUAAUUUUGGUAGGAUAAUUUAUCGAUGUGUGAUAACACUGUGGGCCUCAACAAACUUAACUGCAAAACGAUGCUGCUUAAUGCCGUACCUUUUGAACUGUGGAACAGGAUGUGCUGAUUCAGCUUCUGAAAUGCUGAUCAAGCAGCAGUCUAGAUGUCGGUCUAAACGUUCUCAAAUUAGUGGGAGAAAGUACUUUAAUGACAUUGAUUAUCACUAGGGGGUUUAGACCCAUCCAUUCCAUCUUGAUAAUUCAAUCCAGUCCCCACAAAGUAAGUUAUUUUUUAAAUGGAAUUAAGAUUAUUAUAAUGUAAGAAACUAAUUACCCAUGACCACGUUUCCCACACAUCUUGCAUAAAAUUGCUUUCCUGCAAUAUUAGCACUUCUGGUUGGUUAAUAUCUACCUGACACAUUUGGAAUAUUGGGCGUUAUAACUGAGGCUGUCCUCCAGCUUUGCUGCAGGGGCAAGGGAAUCAACUUUUUCUGCCAGCUUUACAGGCUUGGUCAAAAACAGCAUACACUUCGAGCAUUUCAUCAGAAUUAAACUGUAAUCUGUUUUGAACGGACACACAGGAAGCAUAAUAUUUUUCUCGUUCUGCUAAGUUAAUGUACAUGAACAUAAACUGUGUUUAAAAUCAUGCCGCCUCCCCCACUCCCCACCCAUUUCUUACCAUGCUUUGUGCAGCUCAUUACAUUGUCUUCCGCCUACCUCCCCCACAAGAGAAACUUAGACUGUUUGUAAAGAGGCCUGUGAUUAUAGCUGUCAAUGAUUCAGUUGAUAAAGGGUACACAUGACCAAUCAUGGAUUGUACAAGAUUUGACUCCUGGUAUUUGCCAAGUUUGCUGAUUUUUGUUGUGUGUUGCCAUAAUUAUCCUCUGCAUUUCUGUUGGCCAGGAUACAAAAUUGCCUUAAGGUGCUAAAAAUUGAAUGUGUAUCCUGCUGAAAUUGCAUUUGAUAGGGACUGAGUCCCUAAGAAUGCCCUGGGGCUGCUGUUUAAGAGGUCUACAGAACUGCAUCUUGGCGAAUGUCAAACUUUUGAGGAAAGAAGGGUAAACAUUGACAGACAGCAGCAAUGUAUUGCAACUGGGAUUCAUAGCAAGUGAAUGUGUCAAAUCAUGAGGGGAGAGAAGGAAAACUACUGAAUGUCCGCUUCUUUAUUCAGGAAAUAACUGGAAUCCGGAGCCAUGGGUGCUGCACUUUGUUUAGAUUUACAUAUAAUGAACUUAUCCACUGUGAUAUUAAAAGGAAACCAGAUACUUUGACAUCUGAUUUUAAAAUGAUUUCUGGGCGAGAUAAAGAUGAAACCUAGCUAAUUAUCCAAUGGUAAUGGUUUACGUUUUUCAAAACAAAACAUUAUGAAAUGUGCUUUUUUUUUCCCUUUUGCUGAAAGUGGGUGAAUUGGAAGGAGGCAACUGAUUUCUUUACUUUCCUCUUCCUCUCCUCCCUCACCACAAUUGCACUCCACUAAAACCAGAAAAUGUAAGCAAAAUACAUGUAAAAGAAUUUGAAAGUUUGUUUAAACAGUCUGGGACGUGUCAUUUACCAAUUUGGUUGUCCUCAUUUCAGUUGUCAAACAUGACUGAAAAUUUCUGACGCUACCUUGAUGGGCAACCCGUGUUACAUUCACACAGGAGUUGCUGAUGUUAUUCUAUUCAUGCUUCCUUCAUCCUUUUGAUUGGAGUGCUAAAUAAAACCUAACAUCUGUCACAUCAUUAGUGACCACAUUGAUGUUGAGGAACAUUGUUGGAAUUAACCCGUGGUACAAUGUAACACAACACUUUGUAUGAAUGCAAAAUAACAGAGCAACUUUUAUUUAAUAGAAAACUACGGUUUUCCUGUGAAGCCUUGCUCUUUAAGUCGCCUAUUCAUGAAAAUAUCUUCUUUCUCAUUGCCAUCCAAGUACUCACCCACUCUACAUCUUCAGAGAGGCAGCUUAGAACUGAGAGUCAUGUCAACCAAAGACCAAACACUUCAUUCCAUCUUUCUUGGUCUGCUGCCAUUCUCACUGUCCUCAACAUAUCUUCCUUCAACUUUGAUACAGGGAAAUAAAUUCCAUUGCAGCAUUAUACUCACAUGGAUUGUUGUAAUGUCACAUCAAGCUUUCAUAAAUCCAUCGGAUAACAGCUGCGUAGAACUCUUUCACUCGUCCCCUCCAAAAAGCAGCCCAAUGUUAUACAAAAGGCACUGAUGUUAAUUUGAUUUCAAAUAGUGUUUUUGGUAUUUUCCAUAAGUAGCAUUUGAAAUAUUUCCAAUAAAUUCCAUAGGAAGUUUGGAUGUUAUUUCUGAGGCUGCAACAUAAUUUAAAGAAAUCUGGGUAAUGUCUCAGACCUUUUGGGCUUUCUAUAUCGUGUCUAAUUUCCAUUGUAUGAUAUCUAAGGAUUGUAAAUCAUGUUAAUAUUUCUGUGUUUAAUUCUUUUGUAAAGCUGAAUUGUUCCAGAAAUGGGUUAAAGCAACUAAGAUAAUUCUGGCCACUUGGCAAAAGCUUCUUACCUGUUUAUCUCUGUAAAAAUAGUUAACAUUGUAAAAAAAAAUAAAAACCUUCUCUUCAAAA